AUGAAGGUCUCUGUGGCUGCCCUCGCUGUUCUUAUCGCCACCUUCUGCUACCAGACCUCCGCUGCACCGAUUGGCUCCGACCCACCGACCUCCUGCUGCUUCACCUACACCUCCCGGCAGCUGCCCCGCAGCUUCGUGGUGGAGUACUAUGAGACCAACAGCUUGUGCUCCCAGCCAGCCGUCGUGUUUAUCACCAAGAAGGGCCGUGAAGUCUGCGCCAACCCUGAGCAGGACUGGGUCCAGCAGUACGUGAACGAGCUGGAGCUGAACUGA